UGGAGGAUAUCCAAGGUAAACAAAUUGAAAUCGUUGCGGUAAAAACAUAAAAUUAUCGCAAAGUACAGAAUGGAAGGACGUGUAAAAACUAGACAACAUGGAUCAAUACCAAAUACCCUCGGCAGACAAGUUGGAGUGCUACCCAUAAGUGGUGGAACAAAACUACGGCGUGGAAGCGGGGACAAAAUACCAGUUGGUGGAACAGAUAUAUCCUCAGAUUCAUACACAACCUACCAGAAGAGACCACCAUCAGGCUCCGGGAGUCAGGCCUCUAGGGGUCAGUCCUCUGCAAGUAAAACUCAUGGUUCAUCUUUGGGCAAGAAUAGGAGAGUAAGCAGUGGAAAUGAUUCAGAAUCAGUGUAUCCAGAGACACCAGUGUCAGCUGGUGGAGAAAAGAGAUCUGCUGGCUCAAGGAAUAGUGUACCAUCAUCCAGAGGUCAGACUUCAAAGGUCACAUCAAAUUCGUUAAAGAAGUCACCUGGUAGUUCUCAUUCCAUUUCCAGUCAGUAUGGGGAUGGUGAUAUAGAAAACUAUGACAACCAGUCUUUAGUUGGGAGUGCUAGAUCCUCUUUCUUUUCAAGAGCUCCAAGUUCUCGCAUAUCACCAGCUAGUUCUAGAUCUGCAGCCACCAAAACUUCUCCAGGGAUAUCUAAUAUGAAGAGAUCAGCUAGGAAAAGUUCUGGAACAGUUAACAAAGAGGGUGACAAUGAGAGGGAGGAUAUGGAAGAGCAAGAUAUUAGAUUUAUAGAUGUGCCAUCACAAAGGUCAAGGUCAGGCUCAAAAAGUAAAAGGUCACCAGGGUCAGUGCCAGGGUCAGCAGGUCAAAGACCACAGGAAAAUGGAAAGAAGCCAUACAAAACAAUAGAUCCUGAAGAAAUUCUUGCCCAGAACAUGGAGUCAGAUUUUCUGAAAAUCUAUGAGAUAAAUCUGCAUGCAUCAGAACUCACCAACAUAGAUAAUAUGGAUAAGUUUAAAAAGGUGAAAGUGCUGGAUCUGUCCUGUAAUUUUAUUGAACAAGUUCAAAAUCUUGAUUUUAAUAGGGAUUUAAAGGAACUGAAACUCUAUGAUAACAGAUUGAGAAAAAUAGAUGGUCUAGAGAAUUUGAAGGAACUGAGCAGUCUACAGCUUCAACAUAAUAAAAUCAAAUCCAUAGGAAAAGGACUUCACAGCUUAAAGAAGUUAAAAAAUCUUCGUAUAGACUGUAACCAGUUGUUGAAGAUAGAAACAUCAGAACUGUCCAUAUGUGUUCAACUUACAAGUUUAGAUAUCAGCUAUAAUAUGUUAGAUAGCCUUACAGCAUUAAACUACUUACCAAAUUUAGAGGAAGUGAAUGCUUCAGGAAAUCGUUUACGAUCUGUAUCAGAUCUGAGCAAAUGCAAGCGUCUGGGUGAGAUAGAUUUGUCCGGUAACCGGAUCACGGACCUGUCAGGUCUACGUGGGCUUCCAAAACUUCUGACAUUAAACAUCUCGAACAAUCAACUGUCCAGCUUAAAAACAAUGGGAAGGUUAAAAUCCCUACAAGACCUCCUGGCUAUGGGUAACCAUAUAAAUGAGUUAUCUACAGUCGCUACACAGUUACCUGCCCUUGAAGUGCUGGAUUUAACCGACAAUGAAAUCACAGACUGGGACGAAUUUUAUUAUUUGGAAGAAAUGUCAGAACUGGUAGAGCUAUUUAUAUCUGGGAAUCCUUUCUGUGCCCUGGACGGACCCAUGCCGCACUACUACUCUGCUAUACAGGCUGUUCUACCAGACCUAGAAAUCAUUGAUGGGGCUCACAUAAAGAAACAUGUAGCUAAAGGUGCUCCUUUAAUGAGACCCAUGUCUGCAUCAACAAUUGUAAGCUUGAGACAGAUGGACACUCAGAUGAAGGGUGCAGAUGAACAGAUGAAGAGUUUGGAACAAAGUCUAGAACAAAAGUUUGCAUCUAUUAGAGCGACCUGUGAUACCCUUCCAGCCGAGUCUCCGAGACAGAGUUUCAACUUUGGGUUGUCAAGUGGCGAGGACACACCUUUGUCAAGUCGGUGCAGUAGCAGAUCAAGGAUCCUUGAAGCCAGAAAAUUUGCUGCCGCUGUAAACAAAAAAUGAAAAUAUGUAGAUCAGUGGUUGCUAAUUUAUUUUUAGGGGUUUGAAAUUUUUGUUUUUUCACAACUCACCCUGUUGGACUAGUAGCCAGGAUGAUCAACUGGCCCAUACAGAACUCUCACUUGUGGAAAUAAAAUUUCUUUCGUCGGCCCACCAGGUGUUUAUGGAUAUCAGAUGUGACACACAGUAUGAGAUAUAAAGCACUGAAUAUAAAAACUUCAAGGCUGAUAAAAUAUCUUCAUGCCUGGACUAACUUACCUGUAUUUAUUGUAAAGAUUAAGACUGACAAACUGACAAGUGAAUCAUGCUAUGUAAAUGAUUUAACAGACAAACUUACAUUAUAUUAUACCUGUUAAUCAUGAUAUUUGUGCAGUUGAAUUUUAAAGCGUGUACGAGGCAAUUCAGAACAUAUUUAGAUGAAGUUUGGAAACUCUGUGUCACAAAAAGCACUAGCCCUGUCUGUCGAGUAUACAGGAAAUUGCACUUGUCCUAGCCUGACUUUAACUCACCAAAGCAAGUGGGUGUGUUGAAUUUUACACCCCUGAUUUUACAGGGACAUUUCCCUCUACUUUUUGUCGAUGACUGUUGUAAACAUAGCUUGAAAAGCAGUAAUUUAUAGGUUGUUUGAAUUAGUAUUAUAUUACCAUGUCAUGUGACUUUUGAUAGUAGCUUUUGCCUGUUUUUAGCUCACCUGAGCACGAAGUGCUCAAAGGUGAGCUUUUGUGAUCGCCCUUGGUCCGUCGUCCGUCAGUUGUCAACAAUUUGACUGUUAACACUCUAGAGGUCAUAAUUUUGGCCCAAUCUUAAUGAAACUUGGUCAGAAUGUUACCCUCAAUAAAAUCUUGGACGAGUGUGAUAUUGGGUCAUCUGGGGUCAAAAACUAGGUCACAAGGUCAAAUCAAAGGAAAAGCUUGUUAACAUUCUAGAGGUCAAAAUUUUUGCCCAAUCUUAAUGACACUUGGUCAGAAUGUUACCCUCAAUAAAAUCUUGGACGAGUUCGAUAUUGGGUCAUCUGGGGACAAAAACUAGGUCACCAGGUCAAAUCAAAGGAAAAGCUUGUUAACACUCUAGAGGUCACAUUUUUGGCCCAAUCUUAAUUAAACUUGGUCAGAAUGUUACCCUCAAUAAGAUCUUGGACGAAUUGAAUAUUGGGUCAUCUGGGGUCAAAAACUAGGUCACCAGGUCAAAUCAAAGGAAAAGCUUGUUAACACUGUAGAGGCCACAUUUAUGACUGUAUCUUCAUGAAACUUAGUCAGAAUGUUAAUUUUGAUGAUCUUUAGGUCAAGUUCGAAUCUGGGUCAUGUAGGUUCAAAAACUAGGUCAGCGGGUCAAAUCAAAGGAAAAGCUACUUUACACUGUAGAGGCCACAUUUAUGACUGUAUCUUAAUGAAACUUAGUCAGAAUGUUAAUCUUGAUGAGCUAUAGGUUAGGUUUAAAUCUGGGUCAGGUGGGUUCAAAAACUAGGUCACCGGGUCAAAUCAAAGGAAAAGCUAGUUAACACAUUAGAGGCCACAUUUAUGACUGUAUCUUAAUGAAACUUGGUCAGAAUGUUAAUCUUGAUGAUCUAUAGGUUAGGUUCAAAUCUGGGUCAGGUGGGUUCAAAGACUAGGUCAUUAGGUCAAAUCAAAGGAAAAGCUAGUUUACACUGUAGAGGCCACAUUUAUGACCUUAUCUUAAUGAAACUUGGUCAGAAUGUUAAUCUUGAUGAUCUAUAGGUCAGGUUCAAAUCUGGGUCAGGUGGAGUCAAAAACUAGGUCACUAGGCCAGAUCGAAGGAAAAACUAUUUAAUACUUUAGAGGCCACAUUUAUGACCAUCUUCAUGAAACUUGGUCAGAAUGUUAAUCUUUAUGAUCUUUAGGUCAAUAGGUCAGGUGAGCGAUACAGGGCCUUCAUGGCCCUCUUGUUGUAUAAGUAAUUGACCGUAUACAUUUUGUCUAAAGUCACUGGUCAUUCAAAUGUUUAUAUUGUAGUUAGUGCAUUGUACCGGGUAUAUACAAAUUGUGCACCUCUACCAGCAUAUUGUGUAAAUGGCUGAAUAUAUUUCAGAUUCAUUUCUAAACUUUAUUGCAGGGGACCUGAAGAGCUUUUUUCAGUUUUUAUCCCACUUAGUCUGUAGUAUUGAUUUUAUCGCAAGGGAUGAAAAACUUCACAGGGGUCAGAUUCUGCUGUUAUUCCACACAGAUGUUUUUUACUUUAAAUGAAUUAUACAUUGAUGUAGAUGAAUUAAAAUUUCAUUGUGAUGUUAUUUUCAGGUAAUAUAAAAAUGUUAUAGCAGUAUUAUUGAACAUCUGUGAUUGACAGAAUAUUACAGCAUAUUUUUGCAGUUAGAUAUCAGAAAAUGGUAGUUGACAGAUUACUUGCCGUUCUACAUGGCAAAAGUAUUUAUCCAAAAAUAUAGUGUACUUCUCUGAUUGAAAUGUUGCAAACUUUUCACUUACUCAAAGGGUACUGGCACGCGAGUAGUCCCCGGAAAGCAGUAGUCCCCGGACACCCGCCCGCAACGCUCUAUUUUCGCGAAUCGUUUACAUAUCUUUGUGCCUAAUCAUACAGACCCUUGUUUUGAAGAAGUUUAUCAAGAUCAUUUUUUCACAGGUUAUCAUUUGAGUAUAAUUAACAUGGAAAUCCUACCGCAUGGUUACUUGUUUACAUUUUCUCUGGCGGGGCUUCAGUUUUUAAUGCGCAUGCGCAAGAGAGGCCCCUCUGGAGGGUUUUAAAAUUAAGGCUACAUGUCUUUACUUCACGACUAUCAGACGAUACAUACACUUUCAACAAGAAAACUUAUUUUCUUUGUGACAACAAUACUAAUUUGCCAAAAUAUUAAAGAUCUUCGAGGUGUUAUAGCACUACAUUGUCUAGAUAUCUGUAACUUAAGCAUAAUUAUUCUAUUUUCUGUUGUCGCAAUUUCCGUGUGGCCGGGACAAAUAAAUAUGACGCAAACUUGUGAUCUUUUUACAGUUAUAUAAAAUAUCAUUUGUCUUUUACAUAAUCUAAACUCAUAUGGGCAGUUCCCGAUAAAUAUAUUCAUGAAAGAUUAGUGUCUGGGCAUUUAAUGUAAAUAUUGAGCAUGUUAAAAUUUGACGUUCUACAGACCCCUAUUCCAACCUCGCUAGUCCCCCGUGAACGUGGCGUCAUUUCACAGGAAAAACCCUAAACUGGUAAUACCGGAGCUAAGGUAGGUUUAUAUGUAAAUCGUUUUUAUUCUUGAUAUUGUUUAAGCUUUUGAGGAGGAAAUAUACUGUAAAAUCAUUUAAUUUCGUGGGCAUGAAAUUUCGUGGUUUUGGUCAAAGCAGCAAUUUCGUGGGGAUAUGAAUUUGUGGAUUUUAACUUUAUAAUAUAAAAUAAAUGGGAAUUUUACUUCUUCAUUGGGACUAAAUUUCGUGGAUUGACUCAACCACGAAAUCCACGAAAAUUAGUCCCCCACGAAUAUUAAUGAUUUCACAGUAUGCAGUUUCUGUCCUGGGACUACUCGCGUGCCAGUAAUAUUAUUAAAAGCAUAUAUGCCUGUAAAAACUGGUCUGCAGUGGCCAUUUAGGCAUGUGCAAAUUUGAUUUCUGUGAAAUCAUUAAUAUUCAUGGAGGACUAAUUUUCAUGGUUGAGUCAAUCCACAAAAUUUAAUCCCAGCGAACAAGUAAAAUUCCCAUUCAUUUCAUGUUCAAUAGUUGAAAUCCAUGAAUUCAUUACAAAAUUGCUGUUUUGACCAAAACUACGACAUUUCAUGCCCACGAAAUUAAAUGAUUUUACAGUAUGAGAUAUUACUGUUGGACAUUGUUAUUAAAAGGCUUAAUUAAACUUCAUGUGUAUCGUUCACCCCCUAUAACUUGCAUAAACUUAACAAGCUUAAAUCACCCUCAGUUCAACAGUAGGGUAUGACAUGAACAUUUGCAACAAUACAUUUGAUUUCCUUUCUUUUUGGUUAGAACACUGUAAUGAAGGGUUUUAACACCUGAUGUUUAAUACAUUGAAUAUUUAUGCCAAGUUUCACCUGAAACAUUAACUUUUUAUGUGGUCUUUAAAUGGAAGGCAAAUACUAUUUUUUGCAGUAUCAUAAAUAGCGGGUAUUCUGCAAACAGAAAUAGAACCAUUAUUUUAGCUAUUAAAGUUGUUUAAAAUUUGACGAUGCCAAAAAUAGUUUCCAAAAGUGUGGUAUGUAUUCUUUACAUUAUUUUUUACUCCAUGUAAGCAAAUCAAAGUUGCAUUUUUGAUAUUUAUGUUUUGUUUGAUUCAGUCAGUGGUGUCAACAAGUUUAACCCUUUUCAUGCUGGACACAAUUUAUUCUGCCUGUAACCAGUGCAGAUCAAGAUCAACCUGCACAUCUGUGCAGUCUGAUCUUUCAAUUUUUUAAGCUUGACUAUUCAAAGAAUAGGGGAGCUAUCCUACUGGCCCCAGCAUCGACGUUAGCGGGAGCGUGAGCAUCACAGAAAUGUUAAAGUUUGCGUACCACCCCAAAUAUUUUCAAAGUCCAUUGAGAUAUUGCUUUGAUAUUUUGCAUACUUGUUUACCAUCAUGAUACCAUUCUGUAAACAGGAGCAGACAACUCUAUCAAGCAUUUUGACUGAAUUAUGGCCCCUUUUCGACUUAGACAGGGUUCAUACGCGUCAGGGAAAAGUCAGGGAAAAAUUUUUUUUUUCAAGGUCAGGGAAUUGUCAGGGAAUUUUACAAAAUGUCAGGGAAAUUUUGAAAUUUGGAAAAUGUCAGGAAAAUGUCAGGGAAUUUUCUGAUCUGGUUAGGCAACAAUUUGUAAAGGUUAAGGCAGUUUCUUCAAAUAUUUCCUUUUUCAUCACACUUACAACAAUUAAAGCAUAAUUUUAAAUUAUAUGCAUAUAUCUAUAUUCUACAUAUUUUUCAAAUUCCAUAUAGAAGAAACUGAAAGGGAUUUGCACCCCUUACCUCCUGAGCAAAUCUGGUGAUGGCUAUAUCUAAUGAUUCGAUCCCCUUCUCUCCUGUAUAGUGUCCAUUACACAUAGCCAUUACUAUAUAUACACACAAGGCUCCAAUAACACAAACAUAUGGUCAUUAUUUUACACAGUUUCAAUAUUUGAAGAAGGAUGUUUUUGUGAUACUGGUGCCUUGUACAUAAUAUUAUCUACAAUACCUUAAAGACAUGCUUUUGCUACCAAGAUGUUUUGCAUGGUAUAUAUCCUAUAGAUGUUACUCUUUUUAAUUGGUAAUCAGAAUGACAAUUCCAUUUUAAUGUAAUUUAGUAAAGCUAUGUUCAGAAAAACAGUUCGAUUUGGCUAAUAUGUUCAGGUUUCCAAAAGUACUUGCUUUAUUGUCUAUUGGUCAUAACAUAAAAACAUUUGUUUGUUUGAAACAGUGUAUUUGAUUACUUUUUAAUGCAUGAUAAUUCAUGUCAUUUUGCUUGCCAAUGUGUUUUGUAUAAUCACCAGCUCCAUAUCCAGUUGAUUUGGAAUAAACAAACAAAAUAUUAAACAAUGUAAAUGUUUGUCAAAAAAGGAGGUAAGGGUUGGCUGUAGGGGUGGUGGAGGCCAACAUUCUAUUUUUCAUUUAAAAUUGAACCACUAAAUGUGCACAUUUUAAGAUAACAAAAGUCAUACUAGGUGACUUGGUUUGUAUCGUACCGAACCAAAAAGUCAGGGAAAAAUGCUUUCAUGUCAGGGAAAAGUCAGGGAAAUGUCAGGGAAUUUUGUCUGAAAGAAUGUGUAUGAACCAUGUUAGAAUAUGCUUAUUGUAAUGUUAAAGUUUGCGUACCACCCCAAAUAUUUUCAAAGUUCAUUGAGAUAUUGCUUUGAUAAUUUGCAUACUUGUUUACCAUCAUGACCCCAGUCUGUAAACAGGAGCAGACAACUCUAUCAAGCAUUUUGACUGAAUUAUGGUCCCUUUUAGACAUAGAGUAUGCUUAUUGCAAUGCUAAAGUUUUACUCAUAGCUUAUAUUAUACUAUCAAGCACUGAGAAUAGUCGAGCGCACUGUCAACUGACAGUUCUUGUUUUGGUAUGCAGCCCUUUUGGUUCACAGUUAAUUGUACUGUCCAAAUUAAAAGAUGGACAAGUUCAUUAUAGAAAUUUAGUGGGGUAAGGGUUAAAUCAUUUAGCUAUUGUAGUGUUGUGUUGCAGUAAUGCCCUUGCAAAAAGUCAAGAGAAAUUUUUUUAUUUUUAUAUAAAAUAGGUGCGAUAAUGUAGCACCUGGGCAGGAAUCUAAGGCAAUUAGUCAUGAUCUUGAGUAAUUUAUGUCAGGACAGUAUGUACUGUAAUGUGGUCUAAAUAACUUUCCAAAGACUCACUUGGCUUCUUUUAAUUUCAGAGUUGUAUGUAUACAUGUAUAUACUUGUUUCAGAAAGCAUGUAUCAUGUAAAGUGCAAAAUGUUUUGUAAUUUGUGUUAAAUAUGUAUUUUGUAUUUUAUUGACUGAAACUUUGUUGUAAAUUAUUACAUUGAAGAGUUUGUUGAAUUGAUAUUUAUCGAAAUUAAACCAAUAUGAAAACAC